ACAUUUAACUGUCUUCACUAGGCUCAAAGUAGCUGAUAUCAAAUCAAAAUGUGUGAAGUAUGAAACUAUAACACAAAAAUAGAAAAGCUGUCCUUUGAAUUGAGCGCUAUACAACGAUUUUCACCAGAUGUCAACGAGAUGUCAAAUAAGCCGAGCGAACGAACGAAGAGCGGUCCAUGAUGUAUCAUAGAUGAAUAAACAUGCUCGGUCAAUAAACAGCGCCAAUAUGUGCGAAAUUAUUCUAUGAUUGACUUUGACGUAUGAAUUGUGAUAAAGCUUGUUUUGAAAAAUAAUAUUGUUAUCCAUGACUUCUGUCACUUUUAAUUAUUUUUGACGAUAUAAUCAUAUUAUGGUCAGUUUAAAUCCUGGGUUAAACUCAUCGACUCAUGGAGCGAUAUUCUUCAGUGAUGAGGCCGGAGAUGAUGAAACUAUACUUACUGCACCUGUUUUGAUGAGCGAUCAGGGCAAGGAGUUCUCCAAAAUAAAGACAAUUCCUUUAUUUGGUUCACAGAUUAUUGUUUCAACACUCAUAUCGAUCACAAGUAUAGUUUUUGCAUGCCAUUGGUCACAGGAAACAAAUUGUGAAGGAUAUUACAUAGUACAGUAUUUGCAUGUGGCUUUUUGGUUGUUUUCAUUUGUAAUUGAUCAUAUUGCUCAUUAUCAUCAUAAUAAUAUUCGUCUUAAAGGAUAUCAUCAGUUUUAUAAAGAAACUUCAAUUUUACAUAGAUUAUCGUUAUAUGUAGUAUCCCUAUGGAAUGCUGUAUUAUUGGCUAUGCAAACUUUAAUGCAACACUUUUAUGAGGAUGAUUUUACAAAACAUUGUGGAGCAAGUAUUCUUUCUCCAGUGGGAUAUGUAACAUUAUUUGUUAUUGUGGAAACAGCAGUUUUAAUUGGAGUUAAUGGUGUAUAUAUUUAUAAGGCCUUUGAUUUUAAUAUGAAACAUUUACCACCCGAUGUUUUGAAAAGUGAAUGGAUAAGACAAAUGGCCACCAUGUCAGAAGGACAGAGGAGCGAUGCUGUUGGUUUUACACAGCAGGGAAGAAAUAUAGCAGAACUUCUUGAAAAACAAGCCGAUAUUAUUAGUUACUUACAAGAACACAACACAAAACUUAGCCGAAAAUUAAUGUUGAUGAAUGCACAAUUAAGGGAAUCACGCAGCAAUAUUACUUAAUGGUCUCAUGGCUUUUUAUAUAAUCAAUAAGGUAUUAGAAUUAUGUUUAAAUAUAAAGCUGUGCCUUAUUAAUUAUGAUAUAGCCAUAGUUUACUUUUGCUCAAAUAAAUGUGCCGGCUGAACACAUUCAAAAUUAAUUUUUGUUACAUAUUUUGAUAGUACUAAUGUUUAGUAUUUAUUAUAGUUCAUCUUUAUUCAAGUUGCGCUCUAUUAAUACUAAUUUUUUAUUUUGUUAUAU